AUGGCGCGCGCAAAGGCGGUUGAGAAGCCCACCAACCGUACUGAACUUGUACUAGAGGCCUGGUCCAUGGGUUAUCUUGUUGGGUCGCUUGUUAUCAUGGCUUUCAUCACGUUGGCGAACAUGCGACGAGGCGUUCUUCUACACAAGUUGAUCUUACUCGAACUCAUCCUCGGUAUCUGGCAAGGGUUUUGGGUCUUCUUCGAUAGUCCGAUCUUCACCUGGUGGUUGUCUGUCGCAGCGAUAGCACUCAACAUCUCGUGGUCGCUACACAACGUCAUUGCCUGGAUGAAGAUUAGGCCCUUUCUCUCCAAAAGAGUCAGUUACAUCUUCAUCGGCACUGUUAUCCUGGCACAGCCAUAUUGGAUUUUGGAGAUUUACGCAAACUUCGCCUACUUCCACGGCGUCAACACCAUCUUUCUGAAGACACGGCCAUGGGAAGCAUUGUGUCGCGAUCCCUGGUGGGUUCUCACGACUGUCUAUCUGUUCUGGAUCAUCAAGACCCAGUAUGAGAUGACGCUGAAGGAAAUCGUUCGAAUUUCGCCGCGCUUCACAAUCAUGCUCGUCGCCAUGGGUUUGAGCAUUGUCUUCGUUAUUCUGGACAUACUCUCUGUAACAGGCGCGUUGAAUCUCCCUGGUCCAACUGGCAUAAACCCGUUCUGGAAGUUGGCCUUCGUCUUCAAAUGUCUGACGGACUCUGUGGUACUGGACGACUUCAAGAUGGCCCUUGACCGAUUAAGGGCAUUUAAGAUCAGCCGAUUGGGUAGCUUCUCUGGUGACAUGAGCGAUAGUCGUAACCGCAAUAACGGCGAUUUGGUAGCGACAUGGGAAGAGGUGGAGCGAGAAUCCCAUACCCGCACACUUCACCAGGUUAGAAGUCCGGAUGGAGACUAUAUCCACUCAAGCAACUAUCCCUUCAAGCCGAAGCGAUCACGAAACGUUCACAAAGACUCCGGUGUUUCGCCAGACCAUGUCUCCUUCCACUCGUCGAGUGGCAGCAUUGCCCCCGAGGAUAUCGUUCCCAGCGCUCUUGUGGACCAACCUAUGCGAACCUUGGAAAGUGCACACUACGCGCAGUCGAAGAAUCAACACCAUUUCAUUGACAAUAUGGAUUCGCGAACGAACCGAAAUUCCCUAAAUAGAAUCGCAGAGAAUGAUUAUGCUGAGGCGUUAAGAGAGGUCAAUACUCGAAGAAGUGGUUCGUCUGGUCGUCCUGCCCCAGGCUGA